AUGGUUAGGCAUCCCAUUAAAGUUUCUAAUAAGAAGCUAGUAUUGGAUCUUAUCCAAAACAAUGAUAAUUUCCUCUUCGAUUGUGAUGGUGUAAUUUGGUUAGACAAUAAGCUAAUUCCCGGUGUUUUAGGAACGUUAAAUUAUUUGAAAUCGAUGAAGAAGAACUGCAUCUUCAUUACGAAUAAUUCCUCUAAGUCACGUCUCGAUUAUGUCUCAAAGUUUCAAUCCUUAGGAGUUAAUGAUGUGGGGUUGGAUAAUAUCUAUCCAACGAGCUAUGCAAUUGCCCUAUAUGUGAGAGAUGUUUUGAAAUUACCAAAAGGCUCUAAAAUUUGGAUUCUUGGAGAGAAAGGUAUAGAGAUAGAAUUAAAAGAGCUUGGAUAUGUACCAUUAGGGGGAACAGACAAGCGAUUAGAUGUCCCUUUUGACACUAGUAACGAAUUACUUUCAAUUGAUCCGGAAGUGAAAGCAGUCGUGGUGGGUUCUACUAAAGACUUAAACUAUAUGAGAAUAUCUCUGACCUUAUUGUAUUUGCUCCACGAAAACAAGUCUCUUCCUUUUAUUGGAGCAAAUAUUGAUCGCUCUUAUCCUGGACCGCAUGGAUUAACUCUUCCAGCGGGCGGAUGCGUAGUUAAGUUCAUGGAAUAUGCAGCCGACAGAGUCGCAGAGAAUAUUGGGAAGCCAAGUACCGUUUUUCUAGAUACAAUUCUUAAAAGUAGAGGCUUUGAUCGCCAAAGGACAUUAAUGAUAGGUGACACCUUGUAUACGGAUAUCAAAUUUGGGAAUGACGGAAACUUAGGCUCUGGAAAGGGGACCUUACUUGUUUUCACUGGUGGCACUAAAAAGGAAGCCUUUGAACACUUGCUUUCGAAGGAAGACAAAGAUAAGGAAACAGAAAGCGGGAUUCCUUCAUUUUAUAUGGAUUCACUUGAUGAUAUAGUAAGAAUUAUAGAAGAAUACUAG